AUGGCCCUCAGCCCAGCGUCAGGAGAGCAGCCAAAGAUGCAGAGUGUGGACUGGGAGGACGGUAGCCUUCAGCCCUGCCCCAUGGGCCAUCAGCCUCAGAGCACAGGUUUUUCAGGAUUCCCGAACAAAGAUGGUCAUAACAAAGUAAAAGAAACAACAGGGAGAAGAGUAAACAGAAAACCAAGACGUAAAUUCACUCAGGAUGAAUUGUGCCUACUUAAUCACGUAUUUGAAGAAACUCCUUACCCUGAUUUUAUCAUUCGAAAAAAACUGGCUGAACGACUGUAUUGUCAAAUAUAUGCGAUUGAUAACUGGUUCCAGAACAGAAGAGCCCGCCUGCCACUGAAAGAGAGACAGAGAAUAUCCGCUGCUAGGAAACUGCGUGCAUUCCCUAUCCAGGAUCAUUCACAUGGAAGCCUCCAGAACUCCCAGGCAGAGUCUCCCAUCGGGGCCCCGGAGCAGACUUGCUCCUCUACCCUGAAGGCUCUUCUAGAAGGCACGGACUAUUUCUCUCCUGAGACACAAUGGGUUCCCAGUCAACAGGAUGGCUCGGGGGACACUGGGGUCCCAGGCAUUAAAAAAGAACUGAGCUGUGCUUCGGAGUAUCCGGGUGACACAGGGAAUAGAUUGUAUCCCAGUUAUUCAUCUUAUAGCUACGGAUCAGCAAUCUGUCUUCAUCCUUCUGCUUCCAUGCAGUAUUUUGAGAAGCAUGAGCCCAACACCGGGCAGAGCUGGAACGCGAGGGCCUCCAUUCUGCCGCAAGUUCAUAGUCAGCAAGAGGAGGGGUGGCAGCAGGAGCAGGCCUGCUGUCCUUACCCACUCUAUCAAGAAGCAGGGCAGCAGCCACAUGUCUUUGCUGGAGCCCUGACUGCAAGGGCCAUCCCAGCAAUGUCAGCUUGGUCAACCAGGAGGCAGCCCCUCGGAAUUUCGUCAAGCUUCCAGCGAUAA